CUUUUUUUUAAAAUAAAUGGUAACAGUAUCCAAAACCCUUAUCCAUUUUGAAAGCUAUUCUCACUCGUCAUGUCCCCUCGCUUAAACCAUCAAAAUCCAAACUUUUAAACCCCAUGAUUGUUCUUGGUUUUCUCUCUGCAGUUCGACACUAGAACGAUUUUAUCAGCUGUCUAGCUAGUUGAAUAAAAAAAAUGGCAUCUUUCUUAGCAACUUGGCUUUACCAAGAUAGAGGACUGAGGGAUACAGUUUGUGCAGAUAGCUUUGUUACUGGGAAGCCAGGCUACAGUCAUCUGCAGACAGCAUUUGUAGGUUCAUUUUCAACUGGAAUUUUGCAAGUUCAGUUUGGCUCUAAAGCAUUUCUGAAGGCUCCAUUACUUCCUUGUAUAAAGUGUGAGAAGAAGGAUGAAUACAUCGAACAUGUGUCUGUUGAACGCCCUCCUUACCAUAGUUAUAUGGACUCCACAUCUGGGCAACUUGAGCCAGCAUCUGGUGCUCGUGCUAGCAUUCCAGGACAGGAGUACUGGCCAGAAGGCACUGCUGAUCGAGUUAGGGCUGCCAGGGCUCCUGAACCAACAGGCACGUCAACAGGAUCUCCAUCUUAUGGUGAAAGGCCUGGAAGUAGGAGGAAAAAGUACAGAACAUCAGCCACUGCUCCUGAAUCUAAUGAAGUGACCAUAGAAGCUCCCAAGGCACCUGAUACUCUCGACGAGACAAUGGAAGAACCUAAAGAUAUCUCAUCUGAUUAUGUGGUUUAUCAGAUGGAACCUGAGGAAGAACAAGAAACUGGAUAUGAAUUAGACAAGAAGCUGGGACGCCCUCAUCCCUUUAUUGAUCCAAAAGUCAAGAAGCCAAUUGAGGGGACGCUUACAAGUGAAGAAUUAUGGUGGAACUGGAGAAAGCCAGAGGAUGAGCAAUGGUCAAGAUGGCAAAGGCGGAAACCUGAUGUGGAAACGGUUUUUCUCAAAGCAAUGGCUGAAACUGGGCAAGUGAAGCUUUAUGGCGAGACUCCAACAUUGACAGAGGCUGCUCUGUACAGGGCUAGAAAACAUCUUUUUAAAGAAGAAAGACUUCAAGCUGAACAAGAGAGACUGGAAAGAAUAGGUCCUAUAGCGUAUUACUCAGAAUGGGUAAAAGCAUGGAAGAAAGACACCUCUUGUGAAGCUAUUCAGAAGCAUUUUGAAGAGACUGGUGAAGAUGAAAACACCCAACUAAUUGAAAUGUUCUGCCAUCAAACUGAUCGAGAAUAUCGCAUAAUGAUGGGGACAGAUAUUCGUAUUCGUAGGGAUCCUUUAGCAAUGAGAAUGCGGGAGGAUCUAAUAAAGCAAAUUUGGGGUGGAGAUCCAGUUUACCCAACUAUCAACUAUAUCCAAGAUCCAAAUGAAAUAGUUGAUUAUAGGGGUCCUGAUUUUCAUGAACCAACACCCAAUAUGCUGGCUUUCCUGAAAGAGCAUGGCAAAAUUGUACCUAGGGAGGAGUUUGAAAAGAUUCUGGCAAAAGAAAAGACAGAACAACUUGAGCAGAUGACAGACAUGGAUGAAGCUAUGGAACAAGCUGUUGACAUUGGCGAAAAUGACGAUGAAGGAGAGGAUAGUGAUUUAGAUGAAGAGGAGGAGGAGGAGGAGGAGAAAAUUACACGCAAUUGGAGUGUUCUAAAGUCUACUCCUAAGCUUCGCAAAUCAAAGGAAAAGCUUAAAAAGGACGGUCGCAUGUCUCUUGAGGAAGCAAUAGAAGAUUCAGAGAACUUGACUGAUUUCCUCAUGGACUUUGGAGAAGAGGAGUGAUAAUUGGCUACUGUGGAACUUCAAACAGGAAGUUUCUUCAAAAUCGAAAGAAAUAAUUGGCUCAGAAAAGGCGUUAUGUAUUAUGAAAUCUCGUGAUUGAACUGAGAAUUGAUCAGAUGAAUUGAGAGUUUGGGGCGAGUUUCAUGAUUGUCCUUGCCAAAUAAAUGUCCCUGUUAUUCCUCUUUGUUAAAAAAAUAAUAAAAAUAAUAAAUAAAAAAACAAUAUUUGGUUUGAGGAUUUUUGAA